AUGGAGAUAAUUAAAACUCUAUCUCUUUUUGUUCUCUUCAGCUACAUUAAAUGUGAGUCUCUUCAAACAAGUUUACUACAUGCAGCCUGUCAAUAUAGUAACCGCCAGGAUCACCUGGAGGAGAAUCUAAAGAGACAGAUCUUAGGUUUCAGUGCCAGCAUUAUGGUUGCUCAGUUUCUUCAGGAUGCAGCUUAUGAAGAAGUCCAAAAUGUAGCCGAAGAGUUGCUGGAUCUUGCUGAAAACUGUAAGAGUCUCAGACCAUAUGAGUCACCUGCAGAGUGUGUUCACCAACUGAUGCCUACUUUCCUCACACAUAUUUGCAACAACCAAGGGCCAGUGGGCAGCGAUGUGUUCACUAAGUGUUGCUAGAUGGAAAACACAGCAAGACUCAAGUGCUUCCUGUCCUAUGAGAAAGAUGAUGCAGACGACAUUGAUACACUCCUGAUUCUAAGGCCUGAGCUGACCUGUGAAAGGGAUGUGGGGAGUCACAUGUCACUGAAGGCAAGGUACAACUAUGUAAUUUCCAGAAGGUAUCCAUUCUUAUAUGGAGCUACUAUCUUGACCAUGUCUGCUUGCGAUGAAACAGCUGUAUGGUUAUGUUGUCAAGAAGAAAAUAAAACAGAGUGCCUGCAGACAAAGCUAGAACCCAUCAGAAAUUAUAUUAGAGAAAUAUCUGCAAGACAUCAUCAUUUAUGUGAAAUCAGGAUUAAAUUCAAUGACAAAAUAGCAAGAGCAGUAGAAUUGAUUCUGCUCACUAAAAAGUAACCUAAAGCUAAUUUUUCUGAAAUUGCCAAAUUGACCACAGAUAUUAAAAAUCUGCAUGAGACCUGUUGUGAAGGAAAUACAGUGGCAUGUGUGCUGGGCAGGCACCAGCUUAUGAACUAUACCUGCUCUAACCAGGCCAUCUUAUCCAGCAAGUUUGCUCAGUGCUGUGAAUAGCCAGAACCAUUCCGUGGGGAAUGCAUUAUCAACUCGGGAAAUGAUGACAAACCCAACCUUUCACCUCUGUCAUUCAGAAGGUUUACAGAAGACCAGUCUGCCUGCAAGCAAUUCAGUAACAAGCAGGAUGACUUUCUACAAGAGUUUCUUUAUGAAUAUUCAAGGAGACACCCGGAGUUGGCAGUUCCAGUGAUUUUAAGAGUGUAUGGCACAUAUAAACAUUUACUGGAGAAAUGUUGCAAGUUAGAAAGUCCUUUGGAAUGCCAUAGCUGUGGGAAAGAGAUGUUCCAAAGAGUGGUCUCUGAAAACCGUGACUGUGUUAAAACUUACUGUGACUUAUAUAAGAAGUUAGGAGGCCCUAGCUUCCAGGACAGGCUCACAGUCCUUUAUACUAAGAAAGCUCCACAGCUGUCUUCACAGGAGUUGGUGAUAUUCAUGAGGAAGAUGGCAGCGGCUGCCAGUAGAUGCUGCCCACUUAGCGAUGAGCUGCAACCUGCCUGUGUCGAGGAUGCGGCAAAGCUGAUCCUUGGAGCUCUGUGCAGAAGACAUGAUGCCAAGCCUGUCAAUGCUGGAAUGGGCCACUGCUGUGACAACUCCUAUGCCUUCAGGAAGUCGUGCUUUGAAGACCUGCAUGUCGAUGGAACUUACACUCCUCCGCCUUUAUCUUGUAACCAAGUCAUCAGCCUUGAAGAGGACUUGUGCUGAGCACAGGAGGAGGUGCUUCACAUUGAAAAGCAAAAGCUCCUCGGUAACCUGGUGAAGCAGAAACCACAUGCAGCAGAAGAGGAAUUCCUGUCCAUUGGUGAGGACUUUAUGCAGCUGGUGGAGAUGUGCUGCCAUGCAGAAAAGAGGGAGAUGUGUUUUCAAGAAGAGGGUCUCCAGUUGAUCAGGAGGUGCCAGUCCCUCUUAGAGACGGACUCCAUCCCAGAGAGUGCCGAUGUAGGAUCAUCAGUGAGGUCAGCAAUAUGGAAGAUAUGAGAGUGGCUUCUCAUUGGCUCCGUGUUGGUCCACACCACCUUUCCUUUCCCAUUAGCACAUGGCAUAUCGACUCCCAGAUAAGCCUCUCAAGGCUCUCCCACACAAGCUCUGCCUCUCAAGUUCAGUGGCAGAGGCAUAAACCCAAAGAACAUUCAAGGUCUCCGGCCAAUUUAGUGUGCAGGCACAUCUGGCUGGGAACUGGCUGCUGGGCCCCAUGGUGAAGUCUUCAAGGUCAACAUGGAGCUGUCUGUACCACUUCUGAGAAUGACUUCUGAGAAUGAACUGAGGGAACAAUGCUAAUAAAAUUACCUCCAUGAUGGGUUCUGGCUCCUACUCUCCUGUAUGUUGGUGAUGUUGACAUUGCCAGCAAUGACUCCUAAUAUAUUUGUAUUAAUUUGAGCAUUAUUGGGUGACCACUCCUUUCUUUGGAAAUUGGACUGAAAAUGAUGCAAAGGACUU